AUGGCUUCAAGUGUAAACAAUUCUUUGCCCUGUCCUAGCUGCAUUAUAUUGGCUAUAUCUCCUGCUAAUCAAGAUAUUGCUACAUCAGAUGCUAUAAAGCUUGCAAGAGAGGUUGAUCCAACAGGUGAAAGAAUUUUUGAAGUGCUGACAAAACUUGAUCUGAUGGACAAGGGAACCAAUGCUCUGGAUGUUCUUGAAGGAAGGGCAUACAGGCUGCAACAUCCCUGGGUUGGAAUUGUAAAUCGUUCGCAGGCUGAUAUCAACAAGAAUGUUGACAUGAUUGCUGCUCGCCAAAAGGAGCGUGAAUAUUUUGAAAGUAGCCCUGACUAUGGACAUUUGGCAAGUAAAAUGGGAUCUGAAUAUCUUGCAAAACUACUGUUGCAGCAUUUGGAAGUUGUUAUCAGGCAGUGCAAACCCAGUAUCAUUGCGUUAAUUAAUAAGACCAUUGAUGAGAUUAAUGCGGAGCUGGACCAGAUAGGCAGAUCUAUUGGAGAUGAUUCAGUGGCCCAGCUGUAUACAAUCUUGGAAAUGUGUCGUGCAUUUGAGCAUGUAUUCAAGGAACACCUGGACGGAGGGCGACGUGGUGGAGACCGGAUAUAUGGAGUUUUUGACCACCGACUUCCGGCAGCUUUGAAAAAGCUUCCCUUUGAUCGGCAUCUAUCUACAAGAAAUGUCCAAAAAGUUGUUUCAGAGGCUGAUGGUUACCAGCCACAUUUAAUUGCUCCAGAACAAGGUUACAGAAGACUCUUUGAUGGGUCUAUCAGCUUUUUCAAAGGCCCAGCUGAAGCCUCUGUAGAUGCUGUACCCUUUAUAUUGAAAGAACUUGUACGAAAGUCUAUUGCUGAGACUGAGGAAUUAAAGCGGUUUCCAACUCUUCAGUCUGACAUAGCUGCUGCUGCAAAUGAUGCUUUGGAAAGAUUCCGUGAAAAAGGCCAGAGAACAGUUUUAAGGGUGGUGGAUAUGGAAUCUAGCUACCUGACGGUUGAGUUUUUCCGAAAGCUUCAUCUUGAACCAGAGAAGAAUCUUAACCAACAAGACCCAAAUGCACCAAAUCAGGAUCGUUAUUCUGACAAUCAUUUUAGGAGAAUUGGGUCAAAUGCCAGUGCUUAUAUUGGCAUGGUUUGUGAUACAUUGAGGAAUUCAAUUCCCAAAGCUGUGGUGUAUUGCCAAAUCCGAUCGGCCAAGAGAUCUCUACUCAAUAACUUUUAUGCUCAAGUUGGGAGGAAGGAGAAGGAGCGGCUUGGUGCAAUGUUGGAUGAGAAUCCACAACUCAUGGAGAGGUGAGCAACCUUAGCAAAAAGGCUUGAGUUGUACAAGCGAGCGAGAGAUGGUAGCAAAAAGGCUUGAGUUGCACAAGCGAUCCAAAUGGAUUAAGUUGUUGAUCGGUGAUUCAAGUUCAUCAAUUGCCAGAGGACUUGGUAUGCAUGUAGCUUUACCAAUGAAUCUUAGAUUUCUUGAUCAACAACUUCACCUGAUUUAAUUAACACCAUAUAUAACAAGUUCGGAGGAACAAGCACUGGCACUUGUCUGGAAGCCGCAAAAGAAAAAGAAAAAGGGUUUUUUCCCUUGUAAACACGAUUCCCACCAAAAUCACCCACUCUUCCUUUUUCGCCAAUCACAUUCAAGAUCUUACAAUCCAACGGCUCUAAUCCCAAUGAAACAAAUCAGACGGAUCACUUGCCAAUCCAACGGCUACCCAUGCCUCAUCUCUUCCUAGAUAAACCUCGUCCUCGUCUCACCUUCCAUCCAACUUUACAAACAAACAUCCAGAGAGUAACAAAGGAAAACAGACAAGAAUGUCAGGAAGAGGAAAGGGAGGCAAAGGAUUGGGAAAGGGAGGAGCAAAGCGGCACCGUAAGGUUCUCA